AUGGAUGCAAAUAGUACAGAAAAUGUUAGUAGGACUUCUCUAAGGGUUCUCAUGCUACCCAUGUUGGGGCAUGGUCACAUAUCUCCAUUCUUGGAGCUAGCUAAGAAACUCACUGAGAGAGGCUUUCACAUUUAUCUUUGUUCUACAUCUAUCAAUCUCAACCAUGGUUCAAAGUCACGGUCGCGGUUGUGGUCGCGGUCUGGAACGUUCCACAUCGAUUUGCCACAACUUCCUUCUCGUUACCACACAACUGAUGGCCUCGCAAAACAUCUACUUCCUAUUUUAUACAAGUCCCUUGCAUUGUCCAUUCCUGAAAUCCACAAAACCAUUAAAGCCCUCAAUCCAGACAUGGUGAUCUACGAUCAAGCACUCACUUGGUUUUCGAUAACUCCUUUGCACCAUAUUCCAUCAGUUUGGUUACAUAUUGUUAGCGUAGCAGCCUUGUCAUACGCAUUUCAUUUGGCACUCAAACCGGGCUCUGAAUAUCCAUUUCCGGCCACUAGUCUUCGAGAUUUUGAGCUACAAAAACUUCUUGCUGCGAUAGGACAUAAAUCACUGGAUGUUGGUGAAGGCUCUUCCUUACCUUUGCUGGUUAAUACUAGCAGAGCCAUGGAAGGGAAAUACUUGGAUCAUCUUGCUAGUAUCACCAACCUGAAGGUUCUCCCUGUUGGUCCAUUAAUUCCCACUAGUCCUAAUGCUGCUGCUGAAUUAGAGGAAGAGAUAGAAGAGAUUGCUUUCGGGUUGGAGCUGAGCCAUGAAAACUUUAUCUGGGCUUUAAGAUCUCCUCCAGAAGGUAUAGAAUUUGGUGUCCCCAUUAUAGCCAUGCCUAUGGCUUUUGAACAGCCUAUCAAUGGUAGGGUGUUGGUGGAAAAUAGUGUAGCUAUUGAAAUCACAAGAGAUGAAAAUGGUAGACUUAAGAGGGAAGAGAUAGCAAAAGCGAUCAACAAUGUGGUAACUGGAUGUGCAGGGGAACCCUUGAGGCAGAAAAUGAAAGAUCUAAGGAAACAGAUUAAAUCAAGUGAAAAAGAAAACUUACAGGUUGCUCAACUAUCCAAGAAAAGUUCAGGUCAUCAUAAUGCUAGGACGGACUUCCUAGAAAAAUUAUGGUAA